UGCGGCGGCUACGUGUCGAGCGCGGCGAGCCCCGUGCGGGGGUCGUGGACGGCCUGGAUGCGGCGGGCCUCAGACCCCGCGCGCCCCGCCACGCGCCCCGUUCCCUCUCGGAGGGGGACUUUAAAAAGGGCGCCCCGAACCGGAGGUCCCUCUCUCUCAACUCUCUCAGCGUUCGUGGGUUCUUCCUGUAAGCUUUGCUGGUGGUGGGGGUAGCCGUGGAGGCUUCGAGGCGGGGUGGAGGCGGUGCUGCUAGUUGAUGUCGAUGGCGCAGGUGUGCUGUGACUCCGCGAGCGCUGCGGCGGCGGUAGUUGGGCCGGAGGCGGAGGUCAGGGCGAGGGCGCGCGCCGAGAGACGGCGCCGGGCAGGGGAGGCCGGGAGGUGGAAGCACGCGCCGGUGGCGGCCGGGACGGCCGAGGCGGCCACGAGGAAGCGACGCGUAGAGGCCGGGGAGCUGCUCGUGGCGCGGAAGCACGGCGCGGCCUCGGUGGCCGGCCGCAGGAGGGAGAUGGAGGACGCCUUGUCCGUGCACGAGGCCUUCGCCGCCGGUGGCGCCGGGAGGUGCGACUUCUACGGGGUGUUCGACGGCCACGGCUGCUCGCACGUCGCCGAGGCGUGCCGGGACCGGAUGCACGAGCUGCUCGCCGAGGAGCUGGCCGCCGGCGCCGACGAGGAAGGCCCGGCGGCGCAGAGGCACCCCGCGGCCUGGACCGCCGCGAUGGAGCGGUGCUUCGCGCGGAUGGACGCCGAGGUCACCUCCGCCAGCGGGCGCGCCGCGGCCAGCGCCAGCUGCCGGUGCGACGCGCACAAGUGCGACCACGUGGGGUCCACCGCCGUGGUGGCCGUGGUGGAGGAGCGCCGGUUGGUGGUGGCCCACUGCGGCGACUCCCGCGCGGUGCUCUGCCGCGGGGGCGACGGCACGGCGCCCGUCCCGCUGUCCUCGGACCACAAGCCCGACCGCCCCGACGAGCAGGAGCGGAUCGAGGCCGCGGGCGGGCGGGUCAUCUUCUGGGAGGGCGCGCGCGUGCUGGGCGUCCUGGCCAUGUCCCGCGCCAUCGGGGAUGGGUACCUCAAGCCGUACGUGUGCUCGGUGCCCGAGGUGACGGUGGCCGACCUCGCCGACGGCGACGAGUGCCUGAUCCUGGCCAGCGACGGGCUGUGGGACGUGGUCAGCAACGAGGCCGCCUGCGAGGUGGCGCGCGCCUGCCUCCGCAGGGGCAGGGAGAAGUGGUGCGCCGAGGCCGCCGCGCUGCUCACCAAGCUGGCGCUCGCGAGGCGCAGCUCCGACAACGUCUCCGUCGUCGUCGUCGAUCUCCGGCGCAAGAACCACUAGCUCUCGAGAAAUGGUGGUAGCACUAGUACAGCGGGAAGGAUGAUGCACAAAAGGAUGAUUUGGGGUGGUAGUUGCAGUAGCAGUAGUAGUAAUUCUACUAAUUUCUUUUUCUGUUGGAGAUCAUUUUUUGGGCUGUAUCUCUCCCUGAAUCAAUUUGGUUCAGAGGAGCGCAUAGAUCAAUGAAUUAUUAUGGUGUAA